AUGAGCGUUAAAGGCGUAGACCUAAAGGGAAUUUAUGCUGAGAAUGUGGCUGCCAAAAUAUGCCAAGUGGCCCAUAGAGGAUUGAAACUGCAGGCACCAUUACCGACUUAUCCUGAAAGUGUGCCACAGACAGGAGAUCAUCAAGGACAAUAUGAACAUCGACAUGCGGAUUUCUGGACUUGUGGAUUCUUCCCAGGUAGCAUAUACGCACUUCUUGAGCGUGCCAUCAAAUUUCCACAGGCCUUAGAAGUCCCAGCAGAAUGUCGCCCAGCAAUUUCAGACCAUUUGCUGAAGCUUGGUCGACACUGGUCCGUUGCUAUAAACCGGAUGUCUAGCAGAACGGAUACCCAUGACAUGGGCUUCAUUGUCCAGCCUGCUCUGCAAAAGGAUUGGGAAUUGACUGGGAACCCCGAAAGUCUUCAAUCAGUAGUCAAUGCUGCCUAUGCUUUAGCGUCAAGAUAUGACAAUCGAGUCAAGGCGAUCAGAAGUUGGGAUGUCGCCAUUAACGAUCGAUACUCACUGACUGAUAUGUCGACCAACUUUCUAGUCAUUAUCGAUAGCAUGUGCAAUCUGGAUCUCUUGUAUUAUGUUGGUCAUCAGCAGAACGAUCCAGCUUUGGUGCAAAUCGCGACGACUCACGCGGACACCAUCAUGGAAGCCAUACUCCGUCCAAAUUAUUCGAGUUACCACUUGGUAAACUUCGAUCCACGGACCGGUAAACCAAAAGCAAAGAUGACCAACCAAGGCUUCCUCGAUGAAUCCACGUGGAGUCGUGGGCAAGCAUGGUCAGUCAUGGGCUUUGCUCAGACAUACACCUGGACGAAAGAUGUCAAGUAUCUCCAAACCGCCAUUCAAUGCGCCGAUUAUUUCCUUGGACGACUCAAUGAGUGUAAGGGAAAGCACCACCACCCUCUCGUGCCAGCAUGGGACUUCGAUGCCGUACAGGAAAAUCCAGAGGAACCGCUCAGAGAUGUUUCGGCAGGCGUGAUUACAGCAAAUGGAUUAUUCAUCAUUCAUCAGUCACUACAAAGUCUCCCAGAAAGUGAGGUUGCUGGACUGGCAAAGUCUGAGGCAAAUUAUCUCCAAAUUGCGUUGGACAUAAUAGAGGAAACUCUCGACAUGGCCUUAGACAAGGACUUCGCUUCUUUCAAACCCCAAAACGCUACAGUCAAUGGAACUGGUGCUGGACCGGCGAUCAAUGUCAAUGAAAGCAGGUUUGAUGCGAUAUUGAGGCAUUCUACAGCGAACCACAACGAGCAUGCCCAUAAGAAAUACUGGGAUCAUGGUCUGGUUUAUGCGGAUUACUUUCUUCUAGAAUUCGGGAACAAGCUUUUAAGAGCUGGCUUAGUCUAG